AUGGUACGUGUUUCUUAUUUCCGGACGCAGACCAAGAAAAAAACGCUGUCGAAGCUUUCCAUGAUUGGUUCCAAUGGGGCCGGCAUACUGUUUUACAGGCGUGCGGAUCGAGUUAAGAUUCCGAGAUACCAGAAUACCUUUCGCCUAGAACCGUUUAGAGCUUUUCACGCAGCAGUGGUCGACAAAAUCAUUCGUGACGUAAUGGAGAUCAAAUUAUCGGCGAUUACAUCAUACCAACCAGAUCAGACAUCAAAAUUGUGUUUGGAAAUUGCUGCCGACGUGCUGAAGGCUGUCGUCAAGAAGGAUUACGAUAGAUACAAGAUGGUGACGCAAGUAUAUAUAAUCCAACGCUUCCAACAAAGUAUACACGCGGCCUUCCAGUGUCUCUGGGAUGUGGAGCGCGAUAAUUACUCGUAUCACGUGCUCGAAAACAAUCACAUAUACGCAUGGUGUUGCGUAUUCGGUGUAUAUUACGAUUAAACGCGGCGACGAUUUCAAACUAAUCUCGCGUAUUAAACUCAUGCAAGUCUCAUUAGUUUGUAAUAUCGAAAUACAUAUUGUAACGCUUAUACAUAUUUAUCGAGUCAUCGUAAAACCGGCAUUAGUAAUUUCAAUGAUAUCGAGCUUCAAAUACAAUAAUGUGUAUAUCGCGAAUAAUAAUGUUGUAAUGGAUGCGAAUACAACGGCGUGAGAAUACUUGAUGUAAAUCGCGCGUAAAAUGUAUGAAUGUGUGAAAAUAUAAAAUACUUUCUCGUAUAAUGUAUAAUGAGAGAAAUUAAAUAAAGGAGAAAUGUUAAAUGAGACGUUGGCUGGAAAAUACGAUCGAUAGCAAGUUAAAGGAAUUAAAAUUUCCAUAUAAUUUCAACCAGUCUCCGCACGUAGCUAAUUAUUUCUUCAUGAAGAUAAGGCUUUAGACUUUCGUCUUUACAGAGCCACCAAAGAAACCGCUAUGUAGUCGGAUUUAUUUUCGCAGUGUCUUCUUCCGCAA